UGGCUGCUGGACGCCCGCGGCCUGCGCCUCACCGCUCUCCUGGGUGCUGGCCUCAACGGCCUGGGCGCCUGGCUCAAGUGUGCCAGCCUGGCCCCCGACCGCUACCCGCUCACCCUGGCAGCUCAGGCCGUGUGCGCCGUCGCCCAGGUCUUCAUCCUGGGGCUGCCCUCACGCAUCGCCUCUGUCUGGUUUGGCCCCACCGAAGUCUCCACCGCCUGUGCUGUGGCCGUGCUGGGCAACCAGCUUGGCACCGCAAUUGGCUUUUUGUUGCCACCUGUUUUGGUUCCAAAUACACCUCACGAUAUCGAUCUAAUGGCACAUAACAUCAGCAUCAUGUUUUAUGGAACAGCAAUAGUGUCCACGCUUCUGUUCUUCUUAACAGGAGUUGUGUUUGAAGAAAAGCCCAAAUACCCUCCUAGUCACUCUCAAGCAGUCCUCCAAACUCUGCCUCCCGAGGAUUAUUCCUACAAGCAGUCGAUUAUAAACUUGUUCAGAAAUGUUCCAUUUGUACUGCUGCUGAUCAGUUAUGGUAUUAUGACUGGGGCAUUUUAUUCUGUCUCCACAUUAUUGAACCAGAUGAUAGUAACUCAUUAUGAGGGAGAAGAAGUGAACGCUGGGAGAAUUGGCUUGACACUGGUGGUGGCAGGAAUGGUGGGUUCGAUUAUUUGUGGUUUGUGGCUGGAUUACACUAAAACAUACAAGCAAACUACUUUGAUUGUUUACAUUCUCUCUUUCAUUGGGUUGCUGGUAUUUACUUUCACCCUGGACCUCGGAUACCUUAUAGUAGUGUUCGUGACUGGAGGAGUACUUGGGUUCUUCAUGACUGGCUAUCUCCCACUUGGGUUUGAGUUUGCCGUGGAAAUCACAUACCCGGAAUCUGAAGGCACUUCCUCAGGUCUCCUUAAUGCAUCAGCACAGAUAUUUGGAAUUGUCUUUACACUUGUUCAAGGAAAACUCACAACAGACUACAGUCCUUGUGCAGGAAACCUCUUUCUUUGUGCUUGGAUUUUUGUGGGCAUUAUCUUAACAGCCUUAAUAAAAUCAGAUUUGCGAAGACACAAUGUGAAUUCAGGGAUUACGAAUUUGGAUGUUAAAGCUGUACCAGUUGACAGUCCUGUAGAACCUGAAAGUACAACGUUAAAAGUUCAGUCGGCUUUAUAA